AUGAAUAAAAGCGGAAACACUACAGCACAGUGGAACACAGAUAAAAACGAAGGUCUUUUGAAGGCAAAGAUCGCGUGCCUGACGGUACUUGGACUUUGGGCGAUCAUCGGGAACACCAUCAGCCUUGUCAUCUUCCUUCAAACGAAAAAUCUUCGACGGCGCAGAUCAAACUACCUACUCGUCAAUCUGUGCAUCGCCGAUUUUCUCGUCGGCCUCAACUGCUUGUUCAACGUAAUGAUUUAUAUGGGAGAACUUCUCUCAUCGCGUAUUUUUAACGUCUUUCUUAAUUACAUUUUUGCUUAUUUCUCAAGUUUUUCAUCGGUCAAUUUUCUUGCCGCUGUAUCGGUGGAGCGUCUUGUUGCAGUCGCCUUUCCGUUCUACUAUCGCGCAACGGGUAAGACAUUUUACGGUGUCCUGAUCGGGACUCCAUGGGUUAUCGCCGUUAUUUUUACAGUGACGAUUUCAGUGAGCGUAUUUACCCCACUCAUCCCUUGGAAGAUUUAUCGUACCUUGUACGUUAUCAUUGUCCUUUUGCCUCUUUCAAUAAUAUCAGCUGCCUACACCGUCAUCAUAAUGAGGUCCAGGGCGAGUCAUAUCAACGGACACGGAGCUCGUGAAAGACUGCGUAACAAGCAACUUGCCGUCACGCUUCUCAUUGUCACGCUGGCGUCACUAGUCACAUGGAUGCCUAAUAGUUGUUACUGGGUCAUACUAAGCUUCGAUUUCUUGUUUUAUAAUUAUUAUGUUGAGAUGACUCUCCUUUAUCUUCAAUUUUCCAACUCGUGCAUUAACAUCGUGGUGUACGCCUGGAGGAUUCCUCAGUUCAAACAGCUUCUGUUUAGGCAUAAACCUGUUGUUGCGAACGUGCAAGGUAGAGCAGGAGAAUGGAAUGCAGGAAGACGUCAAGGCGCGCUAGUAGAGCCAAUAGAAAUGCAACAUAUACUGCGGGGAGAACCAGGGCCGUAG